ACAGUGAUAGAUUUAUAAAUGAAAAAUUGAGCUAGGGUUUUAUUGAUGAGGAGGUGAGAGUGUCGUGAAAACAGAGUGAGAGAGACAGCAGCCACCGCCGCUCAGCAAAAAUGGGUAUUUCCAGGGAUUCUAUGCACAAAAGGCGCGCCACUGGUGGCAAAAAGAAAGCCUGGAGAAAGAAGCGAAAGUACGAGCUCGGUCGCCAGCCAGCGAAUACUAAGCUUUCGAGCAACAAGACAGUGCGGAGAGUUCGUGUGCGAGGAGGAAAUGUGAAGUGGAGAGCCCUGCGAUUGGAUACAGGAAACUAUUCUUGGGGAAGUGAGGCUGUUACCCGCAAGACUCGUAUUCUUGAUGUGGUUUAUAAUGCUUCUAACAAUGAGCUUGUUAGGACUCAGACUUUGGUUAAGAGUGCUAUUGUUCAGGUCGAUGCUGCUCCAUUUAAGCAGUGGUAUCUUCAGCACUAUGGUGUUGACAUCGGCAGGAAGAAGAAGAUUGUCGCUAAGAAGGAAACUGAGGAAGGGGAAGGUGCUCCUGCAGCAGAGGAAACUAAGAAGAGUAAUCAUGUCCUAAGGAAGCUUGAGAAGCGCCAAGCAGAUCGCAAGCUUGAUCAGCACAUUGAAGAGCAGUUUGGUGGUGGUAGAUUGUUGGCUUGCAUCUCAUCCCGUCCUGGUCAAUGUGGCAGAGCUGAUGGGUACAUAUUGGAGGGUAAGGAACUUGAGUUCUAUAUGAAGAAGCUACAAAAGAAGAAGGGCAAGGGUGCUGGAGCCGCAUAAGUAUAAAUUUUGUCAAGUUUUUGGCAUCUACUUUUUGUUUUAAUUUAGGGUUGGCUCCUUCAGUUUUAGAAUAUGAGAUGAUAAUGCAUUCUGCAAGACAGUUUCUUUGUUCCUUAUACUUUGUGUUUUGCAGUUUUACUUAAUGAUUUUCUCAUGCUAUCGGAAAGUUUUCUUUUGAUUA